CAUUUUUGUCGGCUUCGAGUGAGAUAUUACUCUAUUGCUUCGUGAAAAUGUUGUUUGCCAAGUACUUUGCUUGUAUUUAGGUUUGCAGAAUUGAUGUGGAUUUGCCUCAUAUUUUCUUUUUGCUGGAUUAGAAAUUGGCUUUCUAAAAUUGAUUUAUUAGCUAUUUUUUGAAAUCUGGAUUUGGUAAUUUGUCGAAUCAUGUACCUGAUUUUGUAAGAUGGUUAUUGUUAUGGACACCUUUGACUUAUUCAUGAGAUUUCUUGAAUCUAUAGUUCUACUUCGCCCAAAUAAAUCUGAGAUCUUAUUUAGACCAAUUGUGGGGCGAUUUAUAAAUAGGAAAUGGCUACCAAAGGCAAUGUAAGUAUCAAGAUUGAGGAUGAUGAUGAUGUUGAAGUGAGAGGUGUAGCCGAUUCCCUGUGGUCGAAGAAAAAUGAAGCAUUUUUUAUUGACAUUAUGGAGGAGGAGGUGAAAACAAUGGGUAGUAGAGAUACUGGGACUUUUCAGAUAAAAAGUUGGGCUAGGAUGAGGAAGAGUCUUUCUGCUAGAGCUAAAUACGAAUACUCUGAACUGCAAAUAAAAAACAAGUUCAACCAACUACGCACUAUGCACACCAAAUUUAAGAGCCUUUGUGACCAAAGUGGCGUUGGGUGGUGUGCGGAAAAAGGUACUGUUACUGCUGAUGAUACCCUCUGGGAGAAGCUAUAUAAGGUUAAUAAGAAGGCCAAGCAUUUCAGGAAAAUAGGUUUCCCACACUAUGCAGCGAUGACCCGAAUACUUGGAGAUACCACUGCAACAGGAUUCAAUGCUCACCCAUCAGUCCAUUCCCCGUCUGGAACAGAUAGUUCUGAUCCCUCAUUCCAACUUAAACAGGACAAAGACGAUGGCGAAAUAGAAGUAAUGGAUGUAGUGGUUAGUGGAAAAGGCAAAAAGGUUUUUGAUAUGAAGGCUUUGAAGACCACUGAGCCAAAGGAGAGUAGCAAGAGUAAGAAGAGGGACUCAUUGUCUGCAAACCUCAGUGCAUCUUUAAGUGCUCUAGCAAAAAGUAGCAAGAGGAAGGUGGAUAUCCUUGAAGCAAAGCAUAAUGCCAAGAGCACUAGUGUUAGUGUGACUUCUCAAGACCAUGGUGAGCCACAAGGUUUGCUGGCUGAGUGCAUAAAAACUCUUAAUGCCAUGGAAGACCUAGAUGGAGCAUCGUAUACGAAAGGGAUGAAACUACUGAAGGAUGACCCUUCAUGGAGACCAAUAUUCCUUGGCAUGUCAGAGCAAAGGAAGAAGGACUUCAUUUCAUAUGUGUGAACUUUUGUUUAUGGGUGGUUUGGUUUAG